CCCUCCCGACAGGUAAGUCGGCGAGGGGGGGCGGCAUUGCAGGAGCCGCCCCAGGCGGCACUAAGGUACGAAUCGGCGCUGCAUCCAGGCAGUGGACUAUUCAUCUGGCAGAAGCCCAACUAUUCACUAAAAAGCAUAACAACUAGAUGUAAAAGACUAUUCAACAGCUUCUUCUCAAGACUACAUAGUCAUAAAUCUAUAUGUGUCUUACUGCCCUGUGCUGCAAAAGAAUUCCUUCGAUACUGCUGAAAAAUGUAUAAACUAAUGUAACUAUUAAAUGUAUUAAAAAUUGUAACAGUUGAGAUUCUGCACCUGAAUUACUGAGCUGCCAGACUGAAGCACGAAAGACCGGAACAUUAAACUUUUUGUAAAAACUGUAAAAAAAAGAAAGAAAGAUGGAAAGCAAUUUUAAAAAAAAGUCUGUAUUUCUGGUGAGAAAUCUGAAAACAACUCAACUGGAGUGUGUUUGAAGUUUGGAAGUUGAACAACCCCUUUGCAGACAUCCGUUACUAUUGCAUUAGAAAUAGGGGGUGUCGUUUUAUGCAAAAAAUCAGGUAGUGAGAGUGACACCCAAGGGCACUUCCCUAUUUUACACAUUAUGCUCCUGUAACUGUAUUGCAAAACAGAGCACACAUGGGUAGUGAUUAUGCUUUGAAGAAGUGGUGAUUCUUAAACACUUGAGUAUUCUUUUGAGGACUGCAGCUAUUUCUCAAGAAGAUGCUUGGAAAGGUGUUUUACUUCAGAAUGCCAAGACUGCUCCUGCCUUUUCUUAUCUUUACCCUCACUUUUUCAGUAUUGCUGGCUACAAACUGGUUUCCUAAAAGUUUGCCAUGUGAUGUUACACAAGAAGCCAAAGGAACCAUAAUAGUUGUGGACUGCAGUGAUCGACAUUUAACUGCUAUACCAUGGGGAAUACCUACCAAUGUUACUAACCUUACUUUAACCAUCAACCAUAUUCCAAGCAUUUCAGUGCACUCAUUCACAGAAUUCCCACAUCUGGUUGAACUUGAUUUCAGAUGCAACUGUGUACCUGCUAAAGUGGGACCAAAAGACAACGUGUGCACAAAGAGGUUAGUUGUUGAAGACAGAAGCUUUGCUUCACUCAAAGGUUUAAAGUCUCUUUAUUUGGAUGGAAACCAGCUUAUAGAAUUUCCUAAGGGUCUUCCACCAAAUUUACUGCUUUUAAGUCUUGAGGUUAAUAACAUCUUUUCCAUAUCAAGAAACAAUCUAUCUGAACUAAUUAACAUUCAAAUGCUGUACCUCGGACAGAAUUGCUAUCAUCGAAACCCAUGCAAUGGUUCUUUUAAAAUUGGAAAAGAUGCAUUCGAGGACUUAAAAAACUUAUCAAUUUUGUCUUUGAAAUCAAAUAACUUAUCAUAUGUCCCAGGUGGUCUUUCAGACAGUCUGAAAGAACUGUACCUUUAUAAUAAUGCCAUUCAGGAUAUUGAAGAACACGAUUUAGAAAAUCUCGGCAAUUUAGAAGUUCUUGAUCUAAGUGGAAAUUGUCCUCGUUGUUACAAUUCACCUUUUCCGUGCACUCCAUGUCCUAAUGAUGCACCAAUCCAGAUUCAUCCAAAAGCUUUUUCCUCCUUGAAAAACCUACGAGUUCUGCGACUUCAUAGUAACUCUCUUCGUUCAAUCUCAGAACAGUGGUUUCAAAAUACUAAAAAUUUGCAAGAACUUGACCUGUCUGAAAAUUUUUUGGCCUCAGAAAUAAGUACUGCACAUUUUUUAAACUAUAUCCCAAGACUGAAAAACCUUGACUUUUCCUUUAACUUUGAACUACAAGUAUAUCCUUCAGACUUAAAGCUGGCACCAACAUUCUCCAGGUUAGCUUCCUUAGAAACAUUGAGGAUCCGUGGUUAUGUGUUUCAGAAACUGAAAAAAUCGAAUCUGAUGCCUCUGGUGCACUUAGCAAAUCUCACACUUCUUGAUUUGGCCACAAAUUUUAUCAAAGUAGCCGACUUUAGUCUUUUUCCAAUGUUUAAAUCUCUCCGGACAAUAAUACUGUCAAAUAAUAAAAUAUCUCCCUCUGGUGAAUCUAAUUUAGAUUCUUGCUCAGCUUCCCAAGCAUCUUCAGAACAUUAUAUGGACAGAACAUUCCAGGAAGUUCAUUAUUUUGAAUAUGAUGAAAAUGCCCGCAAAUGCAAAUCCAAAGUCAAAGAGCGCUUUACAUUUGAUCUUUUUUUGAAUGAAGAUUGCCAAGCAUACGGUCACACCUUAGACCUAAGUCAAAACAACAUCUUUUUUGUUAAACCUACAGAUUUCACAAAUUUGCAUUUUCUUAAAUGCCUCAACCUAUCUGGAAAUGCCAUUAGCCAGACAUUAAACGGAACUGAAUUUAGACAUCUGAAUCGUUUAAAAUAUUUAGAUUUUUCAAACAAUCGCAUUGAUCUUCUCUAUUCUACUGCAUUCCAGGAACUCACAGAACUUGAGGUGCUAGAUAUAAGUAACAAUGAACAUUACUUUUUGGCUGAAGGAAUAACCCAUGUGUUUAAUUUUACCAAAAAUCUUAAACAUUUAAGAAAGUUAAUGAUGAACAAUAAUAAAAUAUCCACAUCUACAAACAGCCAUUUGGUUAGUCAGUCACUCAGGAUCCUGGAAUUUAAAGGAAACAAACUAAAUAAUUUGUGGAAAGACGGAGAUACAAGAUACCUAAAUUUCUUCAAGAACCUGAAUAAGCUUCAUGUACUAGAUAUUUCCGAAAACUCUUUGACAUUUGUUCCCCCUGGUGUUUUUGAAGGCAUGCCCAAUAAUCUUUCAGAUCUCUCCUUGGCUAGAAACAAUUUAAAAACAUUCAGUUGGGAUAAGCUUCACCUUUUAGGAAAACUUCGCGUUUUGGACCUCAGUAGCAAUUACUUGACCACUGUACCUAGAGAGUUAUCAAACUGCACAUCUUCUAUUGUGAGACUUAUUCUGGGCAAUAACAAAAUAAAAAAACUGACUACUUAUUUUCUAAAGGGUUCUUUCUCUUUGAAAUACUUGGAUCUAAGUGCUAACUUAAUUCAAAAUAUAGGCCAAUCAAGCUUUCCUGAAGAUGUACUGGAUAAUUUAACUGCAUUACUUCUCCAAGGUAACCCAUUUAAAUGCAACUGUAAUCUUGUAUGGUUUGUCUCCUGGAUAAAUAAAACUAAAGUUAAUAUACCUAAUUUAGUAACUGAUGUAACAUGCUCUGGGCCUGGGGCACACAGAGGACAGAGUCUGGUUCUCUUAGACCUUUACACUUGCGAACAAUAUCAUUUGAAUUUAAUUUUGCACUCCCUUUCUGCAUCUUUCAUUAUUUGUUUAAUGGUGGUUUCUGUCUCAAGCCAUUAUUUCUACUGGGAUUUUUGGUACAUAUACCACCUAUUUAAAGCAAAAAUAAAUGGAUAUAAGAGGCUUCCAAAAUGUUGUUAUGAUGCAUUGAUAAUGUAUGAUACCAAAGAUUUUGCUGUAUCAGACUGGGUUCUCAAUGACUUAGUUAACAUUCUGGAAAAACAAGGAAAUAAAAUGUUAAAUUUGUGUUUAGAAGAGAGAGACUUUCUGGCAGGUCAACCUUUUAUAGAUAACCUUUCUGAAAGUAUACAGAUUAGCAGAAAAACUGUGUUUGUUCUUACAAGAAAAUACGUUAAAAAGGGCCAUUUUAAAACUGCAUUUUAUAUUGCUCACCAGCGUCUCAUUGAGGAAAAAGUGGAUGUUAUCAUUCUAAUACUGCUGGAAAAAGCUCUCCAGAGAUCCAGAUAUCUCAGACUAAGAAAAAGAUUGUGUGCAAACUCUGUUUUAUAUUGGCCAUCUAAUCCCAAUUCUCACAGUUAUUUCUGGCACUGUCUGAAGAGUGCUAUAGCAACAGAUAAUCAAAUGGCAUACGAUAAACAUUUUAAAGACUGUACAUAGGAUUGAUUGAUUGGAAUGAAUACAUCAGUUACAUGUAUUGUAUUUUUGUGUCAAAUGUUGAACAUUGCAAGUCUGCUCUUCUACUCUAUAUUAUUAUUUUGAUUAUUAGAAUUAAUAUAAUUGAUUAUAUAUAACUACAUAUUGAUUAUUUGGAAUUGUGAGAAGGGGAACCCUGUUAUGUUUGGGAGAUCUGAACUAUGGAUAUUACUGUAUAAUUUAGGUUUGCAAAUGGAUUGCUAUAUAUGAAUGUAAUAGGUUACAUUAAUUUUUGGCUUUGUUGUUUUAUGUAAUUUAGUCAUAUGGAUAUAAUUAUAUAUAAAUAAAUCCCCCUUUUUGCUGUGAA